UGCACGGGGUCUGGGCCUCCCCUGGCCUUCGCUCCGCUCCCUAAGGUCUGGUGUACAGAAAGGUUGGGCCACCCUGGUCUGAGGAUGGAGGGCGAGGAAGGUCCUGAGUAUGGCAAGCCUGACUUUGUGCUCUUGGAUCAAGUGACCAUGGAGGAUUUUAUGAAGAACCUGCGGCUCAGAUUUGAGACAGGCCGUAUCUACACCUACAUUGGGGAAGUGCUGGUUUCUGUGAACCCCUACCAGGAGCUGCCCCUAUAUGGACCCGAGGCCAUCGCCAGAUACCAAGGCCGGGAGCUCUAUGAGCGGCCACCUCACCUCUAUGCUGUGGCCAAUGCUGCCUAUAAGGCAAUGAAACGCAGAUCCAGAGACACCUGCAUCGUCAUCUCAGGGGAGAGUGGGGCAGGGAAGACAGAAGCCAGCAAACACAUCAUGCAGUACAUUGCUGCAGUCACCAACCCAAGUCAGAGGGCUGAAGUGGAAAGGGUCAAGGAUGUGCUGCUGAAGUCCACCUGUAUACUGGAGGCUUUUGGAAAUGCCCGCACCAAUCGCAACCACAACUCUAGCCGUUUCGGCAAGUACAUGGACAUCAACUUCAACUUUAAGGGAGAUCCUGUGGGAGGACACAUCCACAGCUACCUCCUGGAGAAGUCUAGAGUCCUCAAACAGCAUGUUGGAGAAAGGAAUUUCCAUGCUUUUUACCAGUUGCUCAGGGGCAGUGAAGACCAGGAGCUGCAAGCACUCCACCUGGAAAGAAACCCUGCUCUGUAUAAUUUUACACGCCAGGGAGCUGGUCUCAGCAUGGGUGCUCACAAUGGUCUGGACAGUGAUGAGAAGAGCCAUCGGGCAGUGACUGAGGCCAUGAGAGUCAUUGGUUUUAGUCCUGAGGAGGUGGAAUCCAUCCAUCGCAUCCUGGCUGCCAUAUUGCACCUGGGAAACAUCGAGUUUGUGGAAACAGCAGAAGAUGGGCUGCAAAAGGGAGGCUUAGCAGUGACCGAGGAGGCUCUGGUGGGCCACGUGGCCAAGCUGACAGCCACACCCCAAGACCUCGUGCUCCGUUCCCUGCUGGCUCGGACAGUGGCUUCUGGAGGCCGGGAGCUCAUAGAGAAGGGCCAUACUGUGGCUGAGGCCAGCUACGCCAGAGACGCCUGUGCCAAGGCGGUGUACCAGCGGCUAUUUGAAUGGGUGGUGAACAGGAUCAAUGGCAUCAUGGAAGCUCGUGGUCGAGACCCUCGACGUGACGGCAAGGACACUGUCAUUGGGGUACUAGACAUCUACGGCUUUGAGGUGUUUCCUGUCAACAGCUUCGAGCAGUUCUGUAUCAACUAUUGCAAUGAGAAACUCCAGCAGCUGUUCAUCCAGCUCAUCCUGAAGCAGGAACAGGAGGAGUAUGAGCGCGAGGGCAUCAGCUGGCAGAGUGUGGAAUACUUCAACAACGCUGCCAUAGUGGAGCUGGUGGAGCGGCCCCACCGGGGCAUCCUGGCCGUGCUAGACGAGGCCUGUAGCACCGCAGGGCCCAUCACCGACCAUAUCUUCCUGCAGACCCUGGACACACACCACCGCUACCACCCUCACUACUGCAGCCGCCAGCUAUGUCCCACUGACAAGACCAUGGAGUUUGGACGAGACUUCCGGAUCAAGCACUAUGCAGGGGAUGUCACGUACUCCGUGGAGGGCUUCAUUGACAAGAACAGAGACUUUCUUUUUCAGGACUUCAAGCGGCUAUUCUACAACAGCAUGGAUUCCACUUUGCGGGCCAUGUGGCCAGAUGGACAGCAGGAUAUCACAGAGGUGACCAAGCGCCCCCUGACAGCCGGCACACUCUUCAAAAACUCCAUGGUGGCCCUGGUGGAAAACUUGGCUUCUAAGGAGCCCUUCUAUGUCCGCUGCAUCAAGCCUAAUGAGGACAAGGUGGCUGGGCGGCUGGAUGAGGACCACUGUCGCCACCAGGUCUCCUACCUGGGGCUGCUGGAGAAUGUGAGGGUCCGUAGGGCUGGCUUCGCUUUCCGCCAGCCCUAUCCUCGAUUCCUGCUCAGGUACAAGAUGACCUGUGAGUACACAUGGCCCAACCACCUGCUGGGUUCUGACAGGGCAGCUGUGAGCGCCCUUCUGGAGCAGCAUGGGCUGCAGGGUGAUGUGGCCUUUGGACAUAGCAAGUUGUUCAUCCGCUCACCCCGGACACUGGUUGCCCUGGAGCAGAGCCGAGCCCGCCUCAUCCCCAUCAUCGUGCUGCUACUGCAGAAGGCAUGGCGGGGCACCCUGGCCAGGUGGCGCUGUCGGCGGCUUCGAGCAGUCUACACCAUCAUGCGCUGGUUCCGGAGGCACAAGGUGCAUGCUCACCUGGCUGAGCUGCAGCGGCGAUUCCAGGCUGCACGGCAGCCCCCGCUCUAUGGCCGUGACCUUGAGUGGCCACCACCCCCUGCUGUGCUGCAGCCCUUCCAGGACAUCUGCCAUGCACUCUUCUGCAGGUGGAGGGCCUGGCAGCUGGUGAAGAACAUCCCCCCUUCUGACAUGGCCCAGAUCAAGGCCAAGGUGGCUGCUAUGGGGGCCCUGCAGGGGCUGCGUCAGGACUGGGGCUGCCAGAGGGCCUGGGUUCGAGACUACCUGUCCUCUAGCACUGACAACCCCACAGCCUCAGGCCUGUUUGCUGAGCGACUCAAGGCACUUCGGGAGAAGGAUGGCUUUGGGAGUGUGCUGUUUUCUAGCCACGUCCGCAAAGUGAACCGCUUCCACAAGAGCCGGGACCGGGCCCUCCUGCUCACAGAUCGGCACCUCUAUAAACUGGAGCCUAGCAAGCAGUACCGGGUGAUGCGGGCCGUGACCCUGGACAUGGUGACAGGGCUGAGUGUGACCAGCGGACAGGACCAGCUGGUGGUGCUGCAUGCGCGGGGCCAGGACGACCUUGUGGUGUGCCUGCACCGAUCCCGGCCGCCACUGGACAAUCGCAUUGGGGAGCUGGUGGGCAUACUGGCUUCACACUUGCAAGCAGAGGGCCGAGCUCUGGAGGUCCGUGUCUCCGACUGCAUCCCACUGAGCCAUCGGGGCACUCAGCACCAUGUCUCUGUGCAACCCAGGCCAGAGCAGUCUGAGCCAGAUUUCUGCUGCAGCCGUAGUACCUUCACUCUCCUGUGGCCAAGUCGCUAAACCAACCUAAGCCAAGCUGGCCUGGCCUCCCUGCAGCUCAUUACCCUGGCUCUGGACCUGCCUGGAGCCCCACACAAUAAAAAAUGCUCUGUCUAUG